AUGAACAACGGCAUCAGCAUUUUAGGUGGCGAGUUUGAACUACUCCGGGUGACCCCAGACCUAUACAAUGAAGCUGAAGAGAUAUUGACUGAUUUGUCGGUAAAUGAGGAAUUCUUAUGCCUGUGCGCCAAUCUUAAGGAGUCGCCGCAGGCGAUUGAAGAGCUUCGUACUCUAAUUAGGCAUAUAUUAUCCUGCGGAAUUUCCUUCGUUAUUCGACAAGUGAAAAGUGGAAAAAUUGCGGCUGCCCUGACUAGUAUAAUCUUCAACUACAAAAAGGAUUCCAUAUACUUUCAUUUAAUGGAUCAGUUCAAAAGUCCCAAUAUGGUGAGAUACAGGCAAUUGAUGAAUGCCAUUGAGAACAGCUUUGAUAUGUACAAGGAGUGGCAGGUGGAUAAUAUUUUGGAGGUGGAAUACAUGGGCACUUUGCCAGAAUUCCGAGGCCGUGGCCUAGCAUCUAUUUUAACCCAGUACAUUAUUAGUUUUGGAAAACUUAUGUCCCAGGGGAAUCUACCACCGGAGGUAUUUUCACAACUUUCCAGCGAGAUGCAACUGCACAAAACGAGCAGCGCCGGCAACGAUAACAACGUAGAAACAAAGCUGAAGGAGAAGGUCUGGGGGUAG